AUGGACCUGUCGACGUUUGGGAACGGGGACGCUAACUCAUCGCAAUGGGGCGAAGUGCACGGUCCAUACAUGUUGGAGGAGCUUGUGUGCCAGAAACAAAACAUGUUGACCUCAAGAGGCAUUUUCAUGAACAGUAAUCCUCUCAAGUACUCAACGUCUCUUCUUUUGCUUCAAAUGUCAGUCAUCAUCAUCACCUCUAGGCUUAUCUUUCGCAUUCUUCAACCUUUAAAGCAAGGAAUGAUCUCUGCUCAAGUCUUGGCUGGAAUUAUCCUAGGACCAUCUUUUUUAGGACAUAACAAGAGAUACAUGGAGAUUUUCCUCCCCGCAGGAGGCAAGAUUAUCAUACAAACACUUUCAAACCUCGGUUUCAUCAUCCAUCUCUUCAUUCUCGGACUCAAAAUCGAUGCGAGUAUUAUAAAAAAGGCCGGUUCUAAAGCCAUCCUCAUCGGUACAGCCUCUUACGCCUUCCCGUUCUCCCUUGGGAAUCUCACGGUUAUCUUCAUGAAUAAGACAAUGGGACUUCCCGGCGACGUGGUUCGAUGCGCAAGCACCGUAAUCUCCUUGAGCUCGAUGACCUCAUUCCCGGUUACAACCACCGUUUUGGCCGAGCUAAACAUCCUCAACUCCGAGCUAGGACGGUUAGCAACCAACUGUUCAAUGAUCUGCGAAGCUUGUAGCUGGUUCGUAGCUCUAGCGUUUAAUAUCUACACGCGUGAGCGGACGACGACUAGCUUUUGGGCGAUUUUCAUGCUCGCAAGUCUUCUUGGGGUGAUUGUAGGCAUCUUUAGACCUUUGAUCAUAUGGCUCACUGAGAGGAAAAGCAAAUCAAUGAACAACAAAGACGUUGUCCCGUUCUUCCCGAUCCUCUUGAUUUUGGCUAUUGCUAGCCUUAGCGCAGAGUCGAUGGGCGUCCACGCCGCGUUUGGAGCGUUUUGGCUAGGCGUUUCGCUUCCUGAUGGUCCGCCUUUGGGCACAGAACUAGCUACGAAACUCGAGACGUUUGCUUCGAAUAUGUUCCUUCCCUGUUUCAUCGCCAUUAGUGGAUUACAAACUAAUUUCUUUGAGAUCACAGAGAGCCAUGAGCACCAUGUGGUAUUGAUUGAGAUCAUUCUCUUGAUCACUUACGGAUGCAAGUUCCUUGGAACAGCGGCUGCGUCUGCCUACUGUAACACGCAGAUCGGAGACGCGCUCUGUUUGGCGUUCUUGAUGUGUUGCCAAGGUAUCAUUGAAGUCUACACUACUGUCGUGUGGAAAGACUCUCAGGUUGUUGACACAGAAUGCUUCAAUCUGGUGAUAAUAACGAUUUUGUUUGUAACCGGAAUUUCGCGGUUCCUGGUCGUGUACCUCUAUGAUCCUUCGAAACGGUACAAGAGCAAAAGCAAACGAACAAUCCUCAACACGAGACAACGCAAUCUUCAGCUUCGUCUUCUUCUUUGCAUCUACAGUGUUGAAAACGUUCCUUCCAUGGUGAAUCUUCUAGAAGCUACUUACCCAACACGGUUUAACCCGAUCUCAUUCUUCACGCUACACCUCGUCGAUCUUAAAGGACGAGCUCACGCAGUCCUCACGCCGCACCAUCAGAUGAACAAACUUGACCCUAACACGGUCCAAUCUACGCAUAUCGUCAGUGCCUUCCAACGUUUCGAGCAAAAGUACCAGGGGACUCUCAUGGCGCAACACUUCACCGCUGCUUCGCCGUUCUCGAGUAUAAACAACGACGUUUGCACGCUCGCCCUCGACAAGAAGGCGACGUUGAUCGUGGUUCCCUUCCACAAGCAGUACGCGAUCGACGGGAUGGUCGGAGAUGUCAAUGCCGCGGUCCGGAACAUAAACCUUAACGUGUUGGACGCGGCACCUUGUUCGGUCGCGAUAUUCAUCGACAGAGGGGAGACCGAGGGACGUCGCUCCGUCCUGAUGACCAAUACGUGGCAGAACGUGGCGGUGCUCUUCAUCGGAGGCCGAGACGACAAGGAGGCCCUCGCGUUAUGUCUGAGGAUGGCUGAAAAACCAGAGCUUAACGUCACAAUGAUACAUUUCCGUCACAAGAGCUCUCUUCAGGACGAGGAUUACAGUGACAUGUGCGAGUUCCAUCUUGUAAACGAUUUCAAGAGCCACGCAGCGAACAAAGGGAAAGUGCAUUACGUAGAGGAGAUAGUGAGAGAUGGCGUGGAGACCACGCAAGUGAUUAGCUCACUUGGAGAGGCCUAUGACAUGGUGUUAGUGGGUCGAGACCAUGACUUAGAGUCUGCGGUCUUGUACGGACUUACGGACUGGAGUGAGUGCCCUGAGUUAGGUGUGAUCGGAGAUAUGUUGACGUCGCCAGAUUUUCAUUUCUCGGUGCUUGUGGUUCAUCAGCAGCAAGGGGAGUCACUAGAUAUGGACGAUAGUUAUAAGUUGCCUGUUGAGCAUCAGAAGGUUGGAGAUACGCGAAUGCAAUCGCGUUUCUCUUGUGAAGAAGGUUUCACUACCAUUGAUCUUGACAAAAAUUAG